AUGAGCAUAAAGCUUCCCACGAAAGGUACACUGAACCAAGGCUCUGACCAAUCAUGGCGAAUCGCGGAUAGGGUUCAACAGCUCAACUCCAAAACGUUCGAUAGCUCGAGCGGCGAGCGAUUUAGGGGAAGCGUCAUGAUCUCCGGUGUAGAUCACACAUUCCAGCUCCGGAAACUCUUCCUGGACGGCUUUGACGGCGCACCACAACACUCGCUCGGCCCCGCCGCCGUCGUUUGUGUACGGAUGAAAGAAACCGAUGGAUCUACUCCGGUUUCUCCGAUGGUAGACCACGGCGGCGGCGAUCCUGACGGUGAUAGCCGAUAUUACGCUUACGAACAUCAGCGCGAGCAUGUGAAGUGA